AUGAUAGAUUCUUCCUCUCGUCGUGUUGCGUUUCUAUUUUAUUUGUUUCACAUAUUUUCCAAGAAACUCGUCAUUGCCCACGAAAAUACAGGAUCAUUCUACACCUCAGGAUGUAGCUAUACAUCAAACAUCUAUAACUUAGCUGUGCAAGAACAUGGUAAGAACUUCAACCUUCACCUCGUUGCGAUCAACUGCACCAAGAGAAACCUUAGUGACUUUCCAACAGAAUUGCCAAUUAACACUGGGAGACUGCUUCUCAGUUUCAACGCAAUUUCAAGAUUAAACCUUGUUGAAAUGGAAAAGAUUCGGCACUUGCGAGAAUUUUUCAUGGAAGGAAAUAAUAUGUCAUUUAUUAGACAAAGUAGCUUUCUCAAUAACAACAUGUUACAGACAUUGAAUCUGGGAGCUAACAAACUAACUGACCUCACCUCAGGAAUAUUUCAAGGGUUAAUAAACUUAAUGAAUCUGUAUCUUGACCGAAAUCGGAUCACUCGACUACCUAAUGGAACUUUCCAGAGUUUAAAUUCCCUGAUUAAUCUUGAUUUGAGUGCGAAUGAAAUUUCUGUAAUCAGUGAAGGAGCAUUCAGCGGACUUAAACAACUGAUUUAUCUUGACUUAUCUAAAAAUAAGUUGAGCACAGUCUUAACGAAUCAUUUCAGCAAGCUUACAUCACUACAUACAUUGAAUCUUGGUUUCAACAGGAUUUGCUCUCUUGAAGUAGAAGCAUUUUCUGAAUCUACAAACUUGAAGACCCUUUCCCUAAAACAUAAUCAUUUAACUUUUGUACCAAAAAAGGCCAUGACUCCCUUCAAAGCCUUAAAAAAACUCGACCUCAGUGAAAACCCAAUAGUCUUUAUUCCUUUAGAUGUAUUCGUUAAUUUACGCUCUUUGGAAUUCCUCAACGUAAGUUUUUGCGACGUUCGAGUGUUUCAUGGUAUUUAUCUGGAGAAAAUUAUGCCUCAGUUGAAGCUUUCUGUUCACAACAACCCACUAGAAUGCACUUGUGAUAUGCUGUGGAUGAAAGAAUGGAUAAACGAUGAUCUCAACGCAUUUUACCACUGGCCACAAGUCAAUUGCAAGUUUCCCAAGAGGUUAUGCGGAAGAACAUUGGCGAAUUUAAACAAGUCCGAGUUAAAUUGCACAUGUGACCGCUGCCAACAGUCAUUCAAGUGUUUUUCAGGUGAAAAAACUUGCAAUUGCGCAAGCGAGUGGGCGGGGCCAUCAUGUUGUGGCACAUGUCAAUUUCACAAUGACAGCAGCAGCACGUCAUACGAAAUGAUGUGUAGCUCUUCACAAGGGAAAUGCUUCUGCUCCAAUAUGUCUGAAGUCUGUGUAGAUAAUGCUCAACUUAUCUAUUCAAACCUGACAUCGCAGUGUGUUUGUAAACCUGGUUUCCAAGGAGACGGGCUUCUCAACUGUUCUGAUAUCAAUGAAUGCGCGCAAGCGCACAGUGUCUGCGACAACAGCGCUGACUGCUUUAACACAGAAGGCUCGUAUCGAUGCUUCUGUCCAAAUGGGUAUCAAGGAGACGGAGUUAUCUGUCAAUCAAUUAAACAUCAUAAUGAGAUUAUUUCUAUAGUCACAACCACGUUUUCCGUGCUUGUUUUCGUUGUCCUGAUCGGUGCACUGGGUUUUUGCAUCGUCCCCCAAAAAAUCCAAAGGAUUAGAAAUGCGAAACGAUCCACGGACAGGAAGAGAAAAAGAAAACAGUCUACUAGGCGGUAUGUGGACCUGUACAAAAUUCACGAGUUAGGAUUUACCAACAACGUUUGUACACAAGAAGAAUGUAUAAAAGAUGACGAAUGGGAGAUUCCCCGUGAGAAGUUACACAUCUUUGCAGCCAUUGGAGAGGGUGCGUUUGGUGUUGUAAUGGAAGGAUCGUUAGAUACAGUUGAAGGAGCAACAAAAGUAGCCGUAAAGACCUUAAAGCCAGGCGCUGAUCGUCAUGAUUACAAAGACUUGAUGGCAGAACUGUCAAUCAUGAAGCAGGCCGGAAGUCAUCCCAACAUCGUCAGCCUCUUAGGAGCAUGCUCUGUGGAAGGACCGCUGUACUUAGUGAUGGAGUUCGUUUCCGGCGGAAACCUAUUAUGCUUCCUCAGAAAAAGUAGGUGUCAGCAUCCCCAUUACAUAAACAUCUCCUCGUCUCUCAACGAACGAGAACUGCUGAAAAUUGCCAAAGACGUCGCUGAUGGUAUGACUCAUCUAAGCGAUCUGAACAUUGUGCAUCGAGAUUUGGCCGCAAGAAACAUAUUACUGACUGAAAACAAGAUAGCAAAAGUGACAGAUUUUGGACUUGCACGAGACUUGCAAUCAGAGGGUGUUUACACCAAAACCACGACCACUGGGAGACUUCCAGUGAAAUGGAUGGCACCCGAGUCAAUCCGAUUCCACGUCUAUACCUCCAAGUCCGAUGUAUGGUCUUAUGGGGUUUUGUUAUGGGAAAUAAUCUCAAUUGGCCAGUGUCCUUACCCAGGGAUUCCAGCACGACUGCUAAUGAGGAAGCUCAUGAUUGGCUAUCGCAUGCAGAAGCCUUCUCAGUGCUCCGAUGAAAUGUACGAGGUCAUGAGAGCCUGCUGGCAACUGGAUGCGAGUGCAAGACCUACUUUUGCCGAGUUAGCAAACAUCCUGCAUGAGUUUUUAGCGCGGACUGGACGUGCAUACAUUAACUUAGAAGGAGCAGAUUCGUGCUUGGAACAAAUUCCUACAAAUUCUUUUGAUUUGAGCGGCGAGUUUGAAGAGGAUGAAUUAGGAAGCAAUAAUUUCACCGAAGGCUCAGACGACCUUGAGUAUCCGCGGUCUCAAAACGAUUUGAGAGGACACUCAGAGAAUUCUUCACAUACGUCACUUGAAUUUCAGACUGAAACAAUCUAUUAUGUGACGACGAAAUUUUAG